GCGCGAUGCUCAGCCGAGCACUGGGCGCCGUGGCCGGGCGGGGCCGCGCCGUGGCGCGGCGGCCCCUGGGGGCGGCGGCCGCGCGCCCGUUCUCUGCCGUGACGCUGCCCGCGGACUCGAACCAGGCCCUGGGGAUCGCCCAGUACGCCAAGGACUUCAUCGGCGGCAAGUACGGGGAUAACCUCGACGCCUCCGUGUGGGAGCGUAUCGAGAUGUUCCACACCGACUCCGUGAUGUGCGGUGUGUCCGCGCUGGCACUGAAGACGAAUGCCCCCACCGUGCUGAGGGAGGAGGCGCUCGAGUACCUGGACCCGAAGGGCGCGACGGUCUUCGGCUCCAGCGUCCGAUGCGCCCCCGAGAAGUGCGUCGCGGCCAACGCCUCCGCCGUGCGAGAGUGGGACUCCAACGGUAUCGCGCAUGCCUCCUUCAUCGGCACCGUGUUCGGGUUUAACCCGAAGAUCCCCGGGCACGACGCUGGCGAGUUUGGUCACAACGACUUCUACCCCGUGGUGGUCGCGGCGGCGCAGGUGACGGGGAACGUCGACGGCAAGAAGGCGCUGCUCGCCAUGGUUUGCCUUGACGAGAUCCGCGGACGCCUCGCGGAAGUCUUCAGCCUGAAGAGUUACAAGAUCGACCACGUCGUUCACGGUGCCAUCGCCUCCGCGGCCGUGUACGGUGCCCUUCUGGGUGCCUCGGCCGAAGAGAUCGAGAGCGCCAUCGGCAUGGUCAUCGCGCACUACAUCCCAUUCAGAGCCAUCCGUGCGGGCAAGCAGCUCUCUGACUCGAAGGGCGCGUCCGCCGCGAUCUCCACUGAGGCAGCCGUGCUGUCCAUGCGCCGUGCAAUGCGCGGCUUCGUGGGCCCACGGGACAUCUUCCGCAAUCCAGAGGCCAUCUUCCGCUUCUUUGAGCCCACCACCGGCACCACAAAGAGCAAGGACAACGUGGACAUCACCCUCGGCAAUAAGGUGCGUUGGGGAGUGGGCCCGAGCCCCUUCAACCUGGUCCUGUCGCACUCCGGCGACGAUUUCGCGGUCAUGGGCAUGCACUUCAAGCUCGGCCUCUACGAGCACCAGUCGGCGGGCGCGCUGGAGGGCCUCCUCACGGCACUGGUGAACAACCCAGAGCUCAGCGCUGGAGGCGCCGCGAGCAUCGAGAAUAUCAACAUCGUCGCGUACGAGCCCGCCUACGGAAUCAUUGGUGACCCUGCCAAGAAGGACCCUAAGUCGCGCCAGUCGGCUGACCACUCCAUGGCCUUCAUCGUGUCGCGGAUUCUGGUGAAGGCCCAGGCGGCGGGGAAAGUCCCGUCCACCAUGGACGCGGCGUGGAUGGAGCUGAUGUUGUCGCCGUACGACUACGGCAAGGACGCGCUCUACGACGCAGCAACCCGGGAACUCAUGGGGAAGAUCACCUUCUCGCACGGCGGUCCGGAGUACGAUGCCAAGUACCCCGAUGGGAUUCCGACCUCCAUCGACAUCACGCUGAAGGGCGGGAAGAAGAUCUCCAGCGGCCUCGUGAUGUACCCGUCGGGCCAUGCGCGCAACGCCACGGCCGACCUGCGGGCCAUCCUCGCCCACAAGAACCGGAUGCUGGGCGACAUCGUCUUCGCCGACCGGAGCACGGUCGACGGCCUCGUGGGCCGGCUGGCGGGGCUGAAGGGCGCGAGCGCGGCAGAGGUCUCGGCGGUCUACGACUUCGACUGGAGCUCCAUGCGGUCCCACCCCUGCAUCGACUGA